AUGUUCCAUCUGCUAAUUAAUUUCCGAUUAAAUAAAGUUGCAAUUUCAGCAGAUGUAGAAAAAGUAUUUUUGCAGAUUGCUUUGGCAGAAAAGGUUCAAGACGCAGUGCGCUUCCUGUUUGUGGAAAAUGCACAAUUAAAUGAUCUAAAACUAGCGACAUAUAGAUUCAAGCGCGUAAAUUUUGGGAUUAAAUCAAGCCCGUUUUUGUUAGCUGCAACAAUUAAAGAACACAUUAGAAAAUAUCGAGAUGAGCAGCCAGAUGUAUUUGAAAUAUUGAAUUCUUGUGUUUAUGUUGACUAUUUUAUUACUGGACAGGACAGUAUAGAUGAGGCUCUAAGCUUAUGGCGUAAAGCUAAACAAAUUAUGAGUGAAGCAAAUAUGAACUUGCAUAAAUUGGUAUCCAAUGAUCCUGAGCUGAAUGGAAAAUGA